AUGGACACCAAGCAGCCGUCGGAGCACAAGUUGACUCCUUACCGGUCUGAGCAACCGGAAGUCGAGGAAGGCACGAUCACGGUCAAUACCUCCGGCCAUACGCAAGAACUCGAACGCAACUUCAGCAUCGUCUCGAUCUGUGCUGUAGGCAUUGUUACCGGCAACACAUGGUGCGCACUUGGCGGCAGCAUUGUCGUUGCUCUGUACAAUGGUGGACCGACUGGUGUGAUCUUCGAGUUCCUAGCAGUCAGCGUAUUCUACUGGAUGAUCGGUGCUUGUAUAGCAGAACUUGCGAGUGCUAUUCCCUCCUCCUCAGGCGUAUAUCAUUGGGCCGCCGCAACGUCAGCACCAAGAUACUCGAAGUUCAUUGGCUUCCUUGCAGGGUACUGGAAUUUCUUUGCGUGGGUGUUUGGAUCUGCCUCAAUGUCAUCGAUCCUGGCGAACGAGGUCCUGGCCAUGUGGGGCUUAUUCCAUCCAGAUUACGUCGCUGAACGUUGGCACGUCUUCAUCUGCUACAUCAUCAUUUCCUGGUCAUGCUGCGCGGUCGUACUGUUUGCAAACAGAGCCUUACCAAUGGUCAACAACAUUGGUCUCUUCCUCACACUCGGAGGAUGCUUCCUAACAAUCCUGGUCUGCGCUAUCAUGCCUACCACAACAGGCGCAGGCCAUGCCACCACAGCAGCUGUCUGGUCUUCCUGGUCCAACGACACUGGCUACAAGUCAAAUGGCCUCGUAUUCGUUACGGGAAUGCUCAACGGUGCAUUCAGCGUGGGCACGCCCGACUGCGUCUCGCAUUUGGCCGAGGAGAUUCCAAGAAGCAGAGUCAACGUUCCCAAAGCUAUUGCUGCACAAUUGGGCGUGGGGUUCGUGACUGGCCUUUUCUACCUGAUCGCCAUAUUUUACAGCAUCAACGACAUCGACGCCUUGAUGAACAACCCCUACACUAAUCCUCUGGCGGAGCUGUACAGACAAGCUACUGGAUCAAAGGCCGGAUCUUGUGGCUUACUCAUUGUGGUCUUUCUGCCUACAGUCGCCAACUGCAUUGGCACUUACAUUACUUGCGGACGCAUGUUGUGGACUUUAUCGCGUGAUCGGGCAACACCCUUCUCAAGCACACUUGGUGUCAUCUCUCCUCGAUGGGGCAACCCUUUCGCAGCUACCGUAGCGUGCCUCAUAAUCACCACAAUUCUAGGGUUGAUCUAUAUCGGCAGCGCCGUGGCCUUCAACGCCUUCGUCGGGUCCUUCAUCAUCCUCUCUUCGGCUUCAUACCUUUUGGCUAUCCUGCCUCACUUACUCAGUGGACGUAAGAACAUUGAACUUGGACCUUUUAAGCUGCCGGACAAGCUUGCUGCCGUCAUCAUGCCAAUUGCAUGUGCAUAUAUUGUGGCAUUCAUCGUCAUCUUCUGCUUCCCAUAUUCAAUGCCCGUUUCCGCUGAGACGAUGAACUACUCGUCUGCCAUUACUGGUGGACUCACCGUGAUUAUUGCACUGCUCUACCCAUGGCAGUGCAGAAACGGAUUCGUAAGCCCAGUAGAAGUUGCCAGGAGUAUUGCAGCGGCGGAUGUCGUCAAGGAUGACCACGAGUGA